CACAAUUAAAGCACACAUAUUCGUCCAGUAGUAUUGGGGCGGAAUUACAGACACACACUGUUCCAGAUUCUCCAGCUGAUCUGAGGACAGAGAGCUAUCGGCAUGCGACAACAUCAGACGCACACAGGGGUGAGUUAAACGUGCAGUUCCAGGAGACAAGGCACAGCCCAGAUGGCUUCCACGGCAGUCAGCCAUGGGCCCCGACUGGACAAAGACUGGGCAACCUGCCACUCCCACGGACUGGGAAAGGCCUGGCUGUGGUCAUGUCAGGCAUCAUUGAUGUCCUGAAGGAUUCAAGGUCUCCAGAAGGUGCUGCACAGCAGUUCUGGCGUGUCUUUGAGCUUUACUUGGACAGCAUCCGCCCACACAAGAAUGAAAAGGGCAGAAUCCGUCAAGACUUGCUGCCACCCAUGGGUGCUUGGAAUGGCUACUUCAUGGCCUUGGCAGCGGAUAGGCAGGGAUACCACAAGGUGUACCGAGCGGUCCAGAUAGCAGAGCAAGAGUUCGACUUCAACCUGUCGCACCUGGCGUACUCCAAUGUGCUCAGGGCAUGCAGCCUGCAUGAUUCUAAGGAGUCUGCAGAAUUUGCCUUGAAGAUUGUCAAAGGCUUCGGGGAGAGUCCGCAGGGUGCGGGGAAGAAGGCCCUCAAUUUUGCAGCGCUGGCGUGCAGGAACGCAGGGAUGGUAGAUGAUGCGCUAAGGCUGCUGAAGGAGAUCAGGGAGAGGUAUCCUCAGGCGCUGCAGGCCGACUUCCAUGUGAGGAGGACCCACGAGAGUAUCUUCGCCGUGUGCGGUCAGCCGGAUCGGCUAGAUACUGCCAUGGAAGUGGCAGAGCUGAUGCAGCAGUACAGCUGGGUCAUCCCAAGAACCCCAGCUGCGGCGGUGCUGCGGGUGGCGCUGGCGGAGCGCAGGGAUCCGGAGUGGCUGCUGCGCAUGCUGGGCUGGCUGCCGCUGCCGGCCGGGGCGGAGCGCCGAGUUGAGGGGCCCUUCCUGGAGGAGGGACUGGCGAUGGGCCUCUUGGCGGAGGCUGCGCGGCGCGGCCACGUGGGCCUGGCCCUGCGCGCGUGGGACUUCCUCGAGUACUCCCUGCUGCCCCUCGACCUGCCGGCCACCCCCGACCGCUGGCAGGGACGCAGGGAGGGGUCUGAGGAGGUGGAGGCGUCGGAGAGCGCUGCAGCAGGAGGGAACGCUGAGGAAACGGGCGGAGUGCCAGACGCGCAGGCACUGCUGCCGAUCAACAAGCCCAGCAUUGCGGCCUUCCAAAGCCUCAUAGACACCUUUGCCAACGCGCGCGAUAUCAGGCAGGCGUUCCGCAUGGUGUGGCAGCUGCAGCAGGUGCACCCGGAGCGGCCGGACGCUGUGGCAUUCGAGACGGCGCUGGCCACACUGGUCAAUGCCGCGGCAGAGUCCCCUGAGGCUGCCGAUGCAGCCUACUACGAGCUGGAGGACAUGCAUGUUAAGGGGGAGCCGGUGAGCGGGCCCAUGCUGGACUGCGUGGUGGCGGCAUGCAGCCAGAUGGGCGACCUGGGCCGCGCGUUUGAGACCUUUGAGGCGUACGGUGCUCUGGGAAUGAAGCCAGACGCGCAGGCCUACAACGCCGUCCUCAUGGGCUGCAUCCACCACGGCAUGACAGCCUCGGUGCCCAAGAUCUUGGAGGAGAUGGAGGCAUCAGGGGUUGCCUUCAACGCGCUGACAUGGUCCCUGCAUGUGGAGUACCAUGUGGUGCAGGGCGGUGCGCGGGCGGCCGCGGCCGUGCAGCAGGCAGCCCUGGACGCAGGCUUCCAGAUCCGGCCGUCCUCCCUUGAGAUGCUCAUCGCACGCUGCGAGCGCAAUGGAGAGAUUGCACUCCUUGAGCACUUUGCAAGUAUGCAGAGGACGAAGGGGACCAAGGACACAUACAUGGAUCUUUCCAAGCUCCUGCGGUGGCGAUGGAAGGGCCGCGGUGACAUGCAGAUGCUGACCGGCAGCAGGAAAUUCGCACCACGAGCAACUUAUCGGCCAUGGAUCCCCCCAGAAUUUGAGGCGGUUCAGUGA